CGAGUCCGCACUGAGCGCAUCCAGUAUCAUUCAAAUUUACUGCUUCGACAUUUGUAUAUAAAACUAGUAAAUUGUGUACGAUUUCGUCGCGUGUUUGUAUAUAAACUGUGUAUACAAUAUUUGUGUAUACAACUCGUUACGAGUAUCAAAUGUUUGUAAUAUAAAGACGGAGAUUAAAUUGUUUAGUUUACUGAGUAAAUGUUUAAAGUAUGAUGAAGGAGCAACAGUUGUCUGAAGUUAGCGCGUCCACCCAGCUGACUCCGGUCGUGCACCAGAACAUCAACAUCCAGCAGCACCUCCACCAGCUUCACCUGCACCAGAACCACACCAGCGUCAUCUUACCCAACGAGCAACCCCAGGCGGCGUCGCAGCAUGUGUCGCCGGAGAGCACGGCUCAGGACCCGGACAGCAAACCGUCUAGUUCCGACAAGAAGUCCGGCAUCCGACGACAGGAGAAACCACCCUAUUCCUACAUCGCGCUGAUCGUUAUGGCCAUCCAGCACUCUCCCACGAAGAGGUUGACGCUUAGUGAGAUAUACACGUUCCUGCAGCAGAGAUUUCCGUUCUUCCGCGGGUCGUAUCAGGGGUGGAAAAACUCGGUGCGGCACAAUCUGUCAUUGAACGAAUGUUUCAUAAAGCUGCCGAAAGGAUUAGGCCGUCCCGGCAAAGGGCAUUACUGGACCAUCGACCCCGCCAGUGAAUUCAUGUUUGAGGAAGGAUCGUUCAGGAGGAGGCCGAGAGGUUUCCGAAGGAAAUGUCAAGCCAUGAAGCCUCAGUAUCACCCAGGUACGUUUUUUGCUAACAACAUGGCGGGGAUGGUGAACCAAACCACGAGUUACGACCACCAGGCCCUCAUGCAACCCCAGGAGUACUCGACUUGCUCCUACAAUACUUCCUCGCCUCAAGUAACGCCCGUGUCUGCCUCGCACUAUUCAAAUUAUGAUUACCCGGCAGUCUACCAGCAACAGUGUGACAGGGAUUGGAGCUCGUCGUCGGCGCUGUUACCAUCUUACCCUGACAGUGCAAUUUCCAGCAGUUACUUGAAGGCACCGCUGAGUCCGAUGCCCGACAAUCAAGAUACCCCGCCGCCCGCGAUGUCCGACAAUUACUAUCAGUACGGAGCUAUUUCCACCUCGUCCACAGACAAUUUGAUGAGGCCGUCUAGCAAUUCAAUGCAGCCGAUCCAGUGCGAUAGGAAGCCAUACUUAAGUCCACCGCCACCUUCGAUCCCAUCGUCGCUACCAUCACCGCCAACUGCAAACACCCCCCACUCAUUUUACGAAUCAUCUGUAAAAUAUAGCAUGUAGAUGCGUUUUAUAAUGUAUCAUAGGAUAUACUUGAAAUUGUUACAGCAUUUUAGUCAAAAGCUCUAUUUUUUACUAUUACGUGGAGGAAAUAACUAUCACAUAUUUCUUGUACAGGAGAGAUGACAUGUUUUAAGAAAAUGUUGAACACUAAGCCGUGGUGGAAAGAGUAUACCAGAAUUUUUAAGUUGAUAACUAAGCAAUUUCAGCCUCAUAAAUUAUUUGGGUUUUAACUGUUCACGACAUUAAACUGGAGGAAAUAUAGCAGCUCGUAAUGUUUGAUUUUUUUGUCGGGCAACCUUUUAUAAGAAUUAUGAAAAUAAAUAAAUAAAUUGAAAUAUUAAGUGCCUAAGUAGAAAACGUUACUGCCUUGAAAAGUGCCAUAAACUAAGUACUUCUUUAGUUGAAUUAAAGACGACGUAAAUAGGUACCUAGUGUAUUUUUAUUAUUGUACAAAAUAUGUAGGCCAUUGACAUGUAAAUAUAUUUAUUUAAAAGUAGUCUAUAGAAUCGUAGUUAGGAUGUCUCUGUCGUUUGUAUGUGAGAGUAACUUUAAUAUUACAUUCUUAGUUUUCUGUAAAAUACGUAUCAAUAUUGUCAAGUUAAUCUCACAAACAAACGGCUGUCUUUUUAAUGUAUACUUUCGGGUUCAUACAGCUACCUAAACCAAAAAUGAAUGUAAAUAUUUUUUAGUUGUUUUAAUGUUCCGCCUAGUUUU